CUGAUGCUGAUGCUCAGAGGACACGGAGAGAUUCGAGCAUCACCGGGAACCGACUGAAUUAUCGUGCCAAAUCUUCGGGCUUCGGUAGGAUGCGUCAGGACGGAUCCAUGCAGAUGGCUGCGACACAGAAAGAAGGAUCUGACCAGAACUUCGAUUACAUGUUCAAACUGCUGAUCAUCGGCAACAGCAGUGUAGGAAAGACGUCGUUUCUCUUCCGGUACGCUGACGACUCCUUCACAUCAGCGUUUGUGAGCACGGUGGGCAUCGAUUUCAAAGUCAAAACCGUCUACAAGAACGACAAGAGAAUCAAACUGCAGAUAUGGGAUACUGCGGGGCAGGAGAGAUACCGCACCAUCACCACGGCGUACUAUCGUGGAGCCAUGGGCUUCAUCCUCAUGUAUGACAUCACUAACGAGGAGUCGUACGGAGCCGUGCAGGACUGGUGAGUGACCCAGAGCCGUGUGGGAGGAGGAGAUGCGAUCGCAGCCAAAAUCCCUGGACAAAUCCUCACGGCCAUACAGUGAUCACGCAGAGCCGCUUCUGCUGUAGUUGAAGCAUUUCUGCAUAACAGAUUGUGUGUGUG